UGUGGCAAAGAGAAACAUAGCGACAAAGAAGAGAGAGUGAGAGACGGGAAAAGGUCUGGCAUCACCCAGGAAGAGCCCAGUUCACUAUGUGCCAGUUGAGGUCCACAGAAAGGGGGCAGCAGGUGCCUCUUGCCUGCCUUCCUGCAGCCGAGGCAUUGGGCAAAAGAGAGCCGUGAGAGAAACAGACCUCAGAGCCCCAAAAAGAGGGAAGAGAAACAAUGACUGAGCACGAAGACUUUGCCAACUUUGCAGGGCACUGGAAUGCAUCGGACAGCUCCCAGUUCAGCCCAGCAAGCAUCAUCGUCCCAGUGGUCUUCUCCCUCAUCUUUCUGCUGGGGACCGUUGGCAACAGCCUGGUCCUGGCUGUGCUGCUGCGCAAUGGCCAGAUGGGCCACAACAGCACCAACCUCUUCAUCCUCAACCUCAGCCUGGCCGACUUCUUCUUCAUCAUCUGCUGUGUCCCCUUCCAGGCCACCAUUUACUCCUUGGAAGGCUGGGUCUUUGGCUCCUUCAUGUGCAAAACGGUCCACUUCUUCAUCUACCUCACCAUGUAUGCCAGCAGCUUCACCUUGGCCGCCGUCUCUGUGGACAGGUACUUGGCCAUUCGUUACCCACUGCGAUCUCGGGAGUUACGGACCCCCUGCAAUGCGGUGGCAGCGAUGGCUGUCAUUUGGAGUCUCUCCGUGAUCUUUUCUGGCCCCUACCUGAGCUACUAUGACCUGAUCGAAUGGGAGUCCAGCUACAUCUGUGUGCCAGGAUGGGAGGAGUGGAAGCGCAAGAUCAUGGACACCAGCACUUUCACCUUUGGCUAUGUGAUCCCAGUGCUUAUUGUCAGCCUCUCCUACACCCGGACGAUUAAAUACCUAUGGACAGCUGUGGACCCCUUGGAGAACAUGUCUGAGUCCAAGAAGGCUAAACGCAAAGUGACCAAGAUGAUCAUCAUCGUGACAGUCCUCUUCUGCCUCUGCUGGCUGCCCUACCAUGUGGUCAUCCUCCGCUACCUCUAUGGAGACUUCCCUUUCAACCAAACCACCUAUGCCUUCCGACUGCUCUCCCAUUGCAUGGCCUACGCCAACUCUUGCCUCAACCCUAUUGUCUACGCUUUGGUCUCCAAGCACUUCCGCAAAGGGUUCAAGAAGGUCUUCAGCUGCCUCCUGAGAAAGAAGGCCCGGAAUAGGGUUCACGUUAUCCAUGCAGCUCACACCGCACCUGGCUUUGAGGCAGGCUCAACAGAAGUGUCUCAAAUGAAUGAUGACAAUGGGCAGUUGAGUGGAUGUGAAUUGGAACCAAGAUCCCUUGUGGUCCCAUCAGGAUCUGCCAGACCCCUCCAUAUUCCUUAGGCUGAGUGGAAGAAGAACCAGGGCAAACAGUGUGCGAUACUUCUAUCAAGGCUGUUUUUGGAAGGUAUUUCAUACCUAUGUACACAAAGGGACUUGGUAAAUCAGGAAUGCCUUCUCUGUCCCUUCCCUAAAGAUAUCCUGAAGUUGGUUGCUAGGUCAGGAGAGUCUCAAGAUUUCUGAGAUCUCGGUGUAAAACCCUGAAACUGACGAAUGGACUCUGUUGAUGUCUUUAAACGUGAAGCAUCAACCACAGUUACUCAGAGCAUGCAAUUCAAAUAAUAAACA